AUGUGCGGCUCGCCUGCCGUCGGGGGGUUUCUUUCUCUCCAGGGUGCCACAAAACAAGCGACAUGUGCUUUUUGCAAGAACUUAUCAUCGAAUCCAGUACUCGGCGAAAUUGUCCAGUCACACGAAUUGGCUGUUCACCUGAACUGCUUGUAUGCAGCUAGUGGGUUGAUCCAAAGAGUUGAUCCAGACGCAGGAUCACUUACUGGAAGUGAUCAGUAUAUGUUCGGGUUUGAUAUUCAGGAAGUUAAGGCAGAGAUAUGUCGUGGCCGUCGUCUUCACUGUCGCUACUGUGGUAUUGUCGGUGCUUGCGUUGGCUGCAUCAAAAAAAGGUGUCAAUACUCCUUUCACCUCCCCUGUCUUUAUGACGCCAAAGGCUUUGUCUGUUUUAAAAAGUCAUUUGAGGCCUUCUGUUACAAGCACCGACCGAAACAGCUUUUCUUUGUCAAGGAUCUUGUGUCACGCCUGCUUGCGUUUAAAGAUGAUCCCCCGACUUGUUGCAUCUGUUUGUUCAGUGUUGCUCCCGAUGACGACAACAAACCAAACACCUCAAGGAAUCCAUUAAAGUUGCCUUCUAAUGGCAAAGUAAUUUGCCCCAUGGAGUCCGUGGUUAUCAGUAACCAUGCAUUUUGCCUGGACCAGUUUCCUGUCCGCAGACAGCAGAGGAAAAGCCAGCGGGCAGUGAGUACCAAUAUGUUUCAGAAAUCGGAUGCCUUAAUGGCACUAGUAUCACAACAGCAGCCUAAUUGGAUGCGUCGCAUCCUAAGCAGCUCUCCCGCCCCUCUUAAAACGACCGGUAGAACAUUACUUGUGACGACUUUCGACGCGUGGUGUCAUGGAGUGAUUCACGGCGGCUGUUGUCGCAUCGCAUGGAUGCAUCGGGAGUGUGUCGCUGCCUACGCUUGCUCUGCUGGUCUGCAUCAUGUAAAGUGUCCAAUUUGCUUCGAUCGGGAUGUCUUUAUUCCCACGAUUAUUGAUUUCGGUGUCUGGGUGCCUGAUCGAGAUGCCUCUUGGGAGCUGGAAUCUGGUUCCUCCGCUAUGUCUGAAACGCGUCCGCUAAGGAGACUUCUUGAAUUUAUAGCGGACGAAGAAGCAGACUUAGAACCACUUCCUUCGACACAACAUAGGCGCUCCCGUCCACCACCUACCCGUGCUUUACCACGCCGACGUAUUACUACCGUGUCUGCAAGGCCUCCUUCCAGACCAGUUUUACGAGAGUGUAGAUGUGUCCGUUCGGCUUCAUUUCACGAAUGUAUAUUGAAAACUUCCGCGGAGGCCGUCGGAGCAGAUGAAGAUAAGGAAAAUGUGAAUCCGUUGACUCGGUCAGCUAGACCAACUCGACUGCACAGUCCCGUACCUUGCAACAACAACGAUCCGCGAUGA